UUUCGCCGCCCUCGACGGUGGUUUAGGGUAAUAAGAAAAUGAAAAUAUCUCUGCGCAACUGCACUUUCCAAAUUGGACGAACCAGUCACCGGAUAAUUCUCCAAGAACACGACAGCCAUUCGAUUGCCACUCGCUGCCGUAUCCGGAGACUGUUGUCCUGGAGGUAUGAGCUCAGUCGAAAGAACCUCCGAACCCCAGUUGCUUUCCUCCGGCAAUGCCCGGGAUCUGAUCGAUUCCGUCGAGGCCUUUCUCUUUGAUUGCGAUGGUGUUAUAUGGAAGGGCGAGAAGUUGGUUGAUGGCGUCGUUGAUACGCUUGAAAUGCUUCGAUCGAAGGGGAAGAAAUUGGUUUUUGUCACCAACAAUUCGUCCAAGUCAAGAAGGCAAUAUGCGAAGAAGUUCUAUUCCCUUGGAAUCUCUGUUUCAGAGGAUGAAAUAUUUUCCUCCUCUUUUGCUGCUGCCAUGUUCUUGAAAGUCAAUAAUUUCUCUCCAGAAAAGAAGGUUUAUGUCAUAGGCGAAGCAGGUAUCAUGGAAGAGCUUCAGCUUGCAGGAUUCACUGGUCUUGGUGGUCCAGAAGAUGCCAAGAAAACUGCAGAUCUUUAUCUUGAUUGCGCAAUCGAGCACGACAAGAGUGUUGGAGCAGUUGUGGUUGGAAUAGAUCGGCAUAUUAAUUAUUACAAGCUUCAGUACGCUACACUUUGCAUUCGUGAGAACCCGGGAUGCCUCUUUAUUGCUACUAACCGUGAUGCCGUGGGCCAUUUUACUGAGUCACAAGAAACCCCUGGUGCUGGUUGCAUGGUCGCUGCAGUGGGUGGAUCAUCUGAAAAGGAGCCCAUUUUGGUCGGAAAACCAUCAACAUUCAUGAUGGACUUUUUACUGAAAAAAUUUGAGUUUGGUUGCUCUAAGAUGUGUAUGGUGGGUGAUAGACUGGACACAGACAUCCUAUUUGGCCAGAGCACAGGCUGCAAAACACUACUUGUUUUUUCAGGAGUGACAACUCAAUCCAAUCUUCAAGACCCCUCCAAUCAUAUUCAACCAGAUUACUACACAGGCAAGGUGUCUGACUUGUUGGAACUAUCGGGAUCAUGACGAUGAUUGUUGUUGCACCAAAACUCCUGACUUAUUAGAUGAUCAUUCAUAAUAAACCCAUUACUUCUCUUUAACAGUUAGCUGCAUGGAUAGCUGAACUAGAUGCAUUUUGUCUUGUGCAUCUAACAUUAUAACAAUUGUAGCCAUUGGAGCCCUUGAUGGUGGGCCUAUGGGGUUAGCCGAAUCUCAUUUUCAAGAAUUCACAUUGAAUAAAUUAUGAAAUUGUAUCA